CUCUAGCUGGGGCUGUGCGCGGAGCUCCGGCGGGGCGUGGGGAACGGCGGCGCCCGCGCGGGUGGUAGCCGAAACAGCCCUACCGGCAAAAACACACUAGAGGCCACAAACGAGGGGAGCCCGGGCUCCUCUCCGGUACACACACUUCCUCCCACCGCCACCUCCCCUCCGCCCCGCGCGCCACCCGGCCGCUCGGACUGCUAUGUGACCGAGAGGCUGUGGAGGAAGGGGUCUGGGAAGAGGUGAGCUAAGUUUGAGCCCACUUUUGCAGGCGCCCCUCUGAGCCCUCGCCUGCCCUAGGUCUGGUAACUAGCUGGCUCCCGGGUGCCCUUCGCCUCCGAGCGCUUCCAGCUGCCGCGGUUCCCGGUGGCCAUGGUGACGAUGGAGGAACUUCGGGAGAUGGACUGCAGCGUGCUCAAAAGGCUGAUGAACCGGGACGAGAACGGCGGCGGCGCGGGCGGCAGCGGUAACCACGGCGCCCUGGGGCUGCUGAGCGGCGGCAAGUGCCUGCUGCUGGAUUGCAGACCGUUCCUGGCGCACAGCGCGGGCUACAUCCGAGGCUCGGUCAACGUGCGCUGCAACACCAUCGUGCGGCGGCGGGCCAAGGGCUCGGUGAGCCUGGAGCAGAUCCUGCCCGCCGAGGAAGAGGUGCGCGCCCGCCUGCGCUCCGGCCUCUACUCGGCCGUGAUCGUCUACGACGAACGCAGCCCGCGCGCCGAGAGCCUCCGCGAGGACAGCACCGUGUCGCUGGUGGUGCAGGCGCUGCGCCGGAACGCGGAGCGCACCGACAUCUGUCUGCUCAAAGGUGGCUAUGAGAGAUUUUCUUCUGAGUAUCCAGAAUUUUGCUCCAAAACCAAGGCUCUGGCAGCUAUCCCGCCUCCUGUGCCCCCCAGUGCCAUGGAGUCCUUGGACCUGGGCUGUAGCUCUUGUGGGACACCCCUGCAUGACCAGGGGGGUCCUGUGGAGAUCCUCCCCUUCCUCUACCUUGGCAGUGCCUAUCAUGCUGCCCGGAGAGACAUGCUGGACGCCCUGGGGAUCACAGCCCUGCUAAAUGUCUCCUCGGACUGCCCGAACCACUUUGAAGGCCACUACCAGUACAAGUGCAUCCCGGUGGAGGAUAACCACAAGGCGGACAUCAGCUCUUGGUUCAUGGAAGCCAUCGAGUACAUCGAUGCAGUGAAGGAUUGCCGCGGGCGGGUGCUGGUGCAUUGCCAGGCUGGCAUCUCACGCUCGGCCACCAUCUGCCUGGCCUACCUGAUGAUGAAGAAGCGGGUGAGGCUGGAAGAAGCCUUUGAGUUCGUCAAACAGCGCCGGAGCAUUAUCUCGCCCAACUUCAGCUUCAUGGGGCAGCUGCUGCAGUUUGAAUCCCAGGUGCUGGCCACAUCCUGUGCUGUGGAGGCUGCCAGCCCUUCCGGCCCCCUGCGUGAACGGGGCAAGGCCACCCCUACUCCCACCUCCCAGUUUGUCUUCAGCUUCCCUGUCUCCGUGGGGGUGCACUCAGCCCCCAGCAGCCUGCCAUACCUGCAUAGCCCCAUUACCACUUCCCCCAGCUGUUAGAGCCAGGCUGUGAACCCCCAGAGCCAGAAGUGGCUUCCAUCCUAGCCAGGGCAUGAGCAACGCAUAGGAGAGCAAGUAGAGACUAGUGGGGACAGGUGACCAAGUGCUGUCCCCAUCCAUUUCUCCUUGGCCAUCCACGGGGCCAGCUAGAAUGGCAAUAAGGACUCUGAUUACACAUUUAAAAACAAACUCACAAAACACUCCAAUUUAGAGCAAUAAUGGUGGCCAUCAGUGGCGAGAGAAAACCUGGAUUUGGUUCAUGUGUCAGUUUUACUUUGUCAGGUAGAAAUUUCUUACCUCAUUUUUUUAAACAAUUAAGGCUUGAAGUUAUGAGAUUUCCCCCCCCCCCCCAAAUCCUGGCAAAUGUGCUAGUCCCAUUUUAUUAGAUGAUGGUAGGGUGGGAGGGAGGGAGGGGCAAGAAGAAAACAAGUUUGCCAGAAGUGCCUGGUUUUGUGUGCAAGUCCUGUUGUUGUUGUUGUUGUCAUGGGAAUUUUGCCUUGCAAAAUGUUCUAGGAUGUGGUUUUCAUUUCUAAUUAUUCACCAGCAGGUGAGUAAUUAUGCUUAAUAAUAAAGUAUUUAUUGAGAUUUUUUUUUCCCUUAGAGUAUGUAAGUCCAACAAGUUUAGUAACAGUGAAUUUAGAAUGUAUUUAUGUUGACAUCCAUCACCAGAGUGCAGUUGCAUGCAGAUGUUUAAGCAUUGGGGCAGUAGAUGGUGACUUCAAGGUCUGUGCCAGUUAGCGUGAUGAUUAUUUUGCCACUGAGAAGGGGGUGGAUGGCUAGGAGGAGAAAGAAGAGAGAGGACUGUUUGUUACUUUUGCAGCUGGUUCCUGGGCCUAGAGGCCACGAGCAUACAAUCUUUUCUCUCCUAUGAUCAGUUGGAUGGUGGGAGCAUUUUUCAGUUACGUCACCUGCCUAGGCCUUGCAUAUUGUCUGUGAUUUGUGCCAUGUUCUAUCAGGUUCUCUUGGAAAACUGGGUACAAUUCAGAUUUUUCCUAUGGCACAUCAUUUGAUAAGGCCAAGGGGAAGAAGCCAGAUGAGUAGAGAUACCAGAAAUGAAUUCUCUUUCCCACAUAGUGUAGUUUUUAAUUUUAGUGGCUUUACUUGAAGCAUAACAAAUCCUUGCAUUUUUAGAUCCUUGUUGAACAUUUUUGAAGGCCCUCUUUUGAAUAAAAGGGAGAGUGGAUUUCAUGUUUCAGGUCUCUUUGAGUCCAGUGGGUGAGAGGUUUUGGGGUUUAAGGGGUAAAGGGUUGGCUGCUGGCUCCUGGCAAGUGCAUCAUGGGUACUUGGGAGCCAUUUUGAAUCCUUUCUUGGGCUAAGGCCAUUUUAAGGGGCCUGUCCAAUGGAGGAAUGGCUUGGGAAGGGGAAGGAUGCUUUCUAGGGGGAGGGCGGAGGGAGGAGGUAGGGAAGAGGGAACAAACUGUGUGUUUCUUCAUUUGUAAUGUUGUGGAAUAGUGUUGUUACAGAGUGCCAGAAUAGAGGCCAUUGCAAACUUGUCUAGAAAUGAGAGCAUGUCUCCAUUAGUCCUUUGGGAGUCUAGAUCUCAGUGAACAUUCUUGCUCACCCAAAUAACUUCAAGCCUCAAUGUCACAAUCAUGGAAUGCUUGUUCUUAUCCGGCAUCCCAGGCAGGCCCAGGUUCGUUAACGUUUACUUCUGUGAACUACGAACCUGUGUUGGCAUCAGCAUCCUUGUCCUGUCUGCCUGUGUCUAGCCCUGCCUUCCGGUGAGGCCAGAGUUCCCACUUCCUGUUUGUAGGAAGGCAUAGGCACCUUACUUCUCUGGGAGCUGCUUCACUGCAUUUUCAUGGAGUGAAGAGGCUGGGGCUCCUGGAUGGGUGGACCUUUGUAGAGAUUAUGCAGUUGGACAUUUCCACGUUUUCCUGGAUUCUUGGAAGUUGCUUCAUGUUUGAUGAAGGAUGAGGUCAAGAGAGUUUUGUAGCUGAAAAAAAAGCAGCCAUGGGCUUCCAAGAGUGGUGGAGGGGCUACUGCAGAGCAGUGGGGGGGAGGGUAGCCUGGAGAACAGUCACCUUUUAUACCAUGAGUGUCCAUUUGCCAAAUAUGUCCUUGUUCCCAGACUGCACUCCAAACCUAUGGACAGUGGGAACUCAGGACUAGCUUUAGAUGUCUUUUCCCUGUGUCCCAAUUCAAGUCUUCAAUCACAAAUGUCAAAUGGCUAUAUAUAAAGUCAUUUUCUUUGUACUUGAUGACAGCAUGGGUCCCAAACUCUUAGAAAUAAAAUAGGACAUUGGCUUGGUUGAAAGGGGGACCUCUUU